AUGGCUUACUACGAUGAAAAAAUCCCAUACGAAGACAACCUACAUACUACUCAAAACCAGCAUGGAAAUUCAUUUUCCAGCUACAAUACCACCUCCACAAUAGUCUCUGACAACGAGAUUCCUUUUCAAGCACAAGAAUCCAGUCAUCAAGGUCCACCACCCGAUUACUCACAUCCACAACUUCCCCGACCAAUUGCAGUACCACAAAUCGUAGCUGGAAUCGGAAAGCCAUUUGCUCGAAUCUACGCACCCGCCCUCUCUGACUACAACCUCACCUCUCAAGAAUUUGUAGACUUUAUCGAUAAUCUAAAUAUCGUCGCUAGCGAAAACCCGCCUGUACAAAUUACCGAUCUAGUAGGUGAUGCACUCAACACGAUAUCCUACCACUGGGCCCAACUCACCGAAAGCGGUGUGCAAAUCCCCACACAUCUAGGGAGCGCAGCCGUAACCAAGAGUAGAACAGAUACUUACAUGCAGAAUGCCAAUACGAAGUUAUUUGCUCCGCGAGGACUGAAGGCUUCGAUUGCUACUAUGGAGGCUAUGGCUGCUGUGUUACAGUUACCGCCUGAUACGUUGAGAUUGGUUGCAGUAACUGAUGAGGAUACGUCUGCUGCAGUUUUGGAAAGAAGGAUGAGUGCAGUAAGACCAUAUGUAAUGGAAACAACAUUUGAUGUUCCCCCCGCUACACAAACGAAUGAAAUAGCGCAGAUGAGCGCGGCGCAAGUAGAGAGACAGAUCUUUCGGAAUGAGUAUCGAGCUCGGAGGGAAGGGGAUAAGAUGACCGCGAAAAGCGACAAGCGUGAAAAUAAAGCACAGAGAAAGAUUGAGAAGGUAGAGAGGGAAAUGAGAAGGUUGGAUUUGGGAAUCGAGAGAUCGCAGAGAGAAUUGGGGGAUUUGAGAGCCAGAGAACCGGAUAAGAAAGCGGAUAAGACGGAGCGGAAAUUGGGCAAGGAGAGGAGGAAGUUGGAAGAUGCGAGGGGGAAGUUAGGGUAUACGAGAGGUGAGACGGAUGAGAGUGUGAGUGAUGGAGGGAGAGAAGGUAGGAGAGAAAGUGAGGAUAGUAGGUUGAAAGAUAGAAAGGCUUAUAAGGAGGUGAGACGAUCCAUGAAGAUCUUGUGGAUUCUGGUUGAGAACCUAUGA